CUCGCUUUCGAAAGUUUCACAUCCGUAAGAGAGCGGCAAGGUGAGGAGAGGCGAAGUAGGCAAGCAAAGUCGCGCGCGCGAACCCGACACGCUGCAGGCGAUGACCGCAUUCAUAUGCGUUUUUAUAAUAUUGUGAGUGUACGUGCUGUCGUGUUCUUCGUUCCGUUGAGUGUUACGAAAAUGCUGCAUAGGUGAACAAUUGAGGAUCAGUGUUGUGAUUUGUGAUACUCUUACCUAUUAUACCCCUUAAUUUAUCUAGAAGCUUGUCAAAAUGCCUUGCUCUGCGGUAACUCUGUCUAUAGCGACCAUUACAGCAAUCGUGGCUGCAGCUCUAAUGGCUAUAGCAUUCUCUACAGAUAACUGGGUUUUUAUUGAAGUCAAGCGCAGCAAAAUUAUCGAGGAAUACGCAGUCAAAAGCUCCCCCGGGAACUCCCAGGUCCUGGAGAACUUGAACAACAAAUACUACUUCUACACGAGAACGCGCGGCCUCUUCAGGAUCUGCUACCCCAAGGAGCGCCCACCCACAGUUGAGAUCUACCUGUCACCGGUGGAGACGCAUUGCAGCAAUGUCGACUACUUCAUCCCCGACGAAAACAACGAGACCAAAGGACUGUCCGAUGACGCAAUGAACAGGUUGCACAUGGCGCGGUCAACCGUAGCUCUGUUCAUCGUGGCGUUCCUCUCGCUUUUCAUCGCGUUCUGGACCGGCGUGGUGGGCUGUUGGAAACGCAGUCCUGGCAACAUCACGGCGACCGCUAUCCUAAUGCUAGUCACAUGUCUGUUAGCAGCGGGAGCCAUGGCUUUAUGGCACGGCGUGGAGUUCUACGAGCGAGAGAAGGUGGUCGGCGAGGAGUAUUACCAGCAGUGGCCUGAGGUGCUAAAGACAUUCUCGUCGAUAUGGUACGACUGGUCGUACAUGCUGGCGUGGUGCUCCGUCGUAGUCUCCUUUGGGAGUUCAAUCCUCUUCUUCUCCGCCGCCAUCUGUCUCACCAAGGAGAAGCAUCGCGAACAGCAGAAUAACGUGCAGUACAUCAUGCCAGUGUACCCCCAGAAGCAGCAGUACGCGUACGCCGGGUACCCGCCGCCGCAAGCGUACCCCGGGCCCUACUACCACGGCUCGCAGUACGGGCCCUACAACUACUGAUCUCGCGACCAGAUGAGGGACCUCGUGGCGGCGCACUUCCACAACCCCCCCGCUCCGCAGGCGCCCGCCCGCAACCCCUCCCCGCCCCGCCUGCCGUCGCUCUGCUCCAUGGAGACGUACAACUCCCACC